AUGUCAGAAGAAGCAUGUCUUAAAGCUGGCAUUUUGGAAGAAGAUGAUGCUGCAAGCAUUUGUUUGGCUGAAGCAACUGAAAUUCAGCUCCCCGGGGCUCUGCGCCGAUUGUUUGCAACUGUUCUUAUAUUUUGCCAGCCGAGUGAUCCGGCAGAACUAUGGCGCAAAUAUUAUCCUGCAUUGUCAGAAGAUUUUGCACAAAAGUACUCUGGUGCAGAAAGCAAAAUUAAGAAACUAACUGUAAGAUCAGUGGAACAACAUUUAGAGGCUAUGGGGAAGUCAUUAUGUGGCUGUGGUCUAGCUGUUUUAAUGGAUAACAAUGAUACUGAAAUUGAUAGAACAAAAGACAUUCAAGAUGCACUAGAUGCUCCGAUUCCUCAGGCUUGUAUAGACAGCCGAAGCUUGCUAAAUCCAGCACAAAAGGAAAUAUUUACAUGUAUCAUGCAGCAUAUAGUGGAAGGAAAACCAGGGGCAUUUUUUGUAGAUGGUCCUGGUGGGACUGGCAAAACAUUCUUAUACAAUGCACUUUAUGCUGAGAUCCGCCUUAUGAAUAAGAUUGUUUUGCUAACAGCUACAUCAGGAAUAGCCGCAACAAAUAUCCCGUCUGGUAGAACGGCACACUCAAGAUUCAAGAUUCCAAUGGAUAGUGAUGCUUCAUUAGCCUGCAGCGUUUCUAAGCAAAGUAGUUUAGCAGCAUUAAUAAAAGAAACGGCUCUUAUAAUAUGGGAUGAAGCAUCAAUGGCAAACAAACAAAAUCUAGAGACUCUAGACCUUCUGUUACAAGACAUAUGCAAUAAUGAUGUAAUAUUUGGUGGAAAGGUCAUUGUCUUCGGUGGAGAUUUCCGACAAGUGUUGCCUGUUGUCCCUAAUAAGACUCAGAGAGAAGCUGUUGAAGCAAGUGUAGUGAGUUCUUAUAUAUGGCAGCAUUUAAGAAGAUUCAGGUUAACUGAGAACCUAAGAGCCAAGGAAGAUCCUUCAUUUUGUCAAUUUUUGCUUGCACUAGGAAACGGUGAAUUGCAAACUUUGGAAAGUGAUUUUGUUGAGUUGCCUUCGCAAAUAGUGCAGACUUUCCAGCCUGAUGAUGAUCCAAUAGUUGGAUUACUUGAAUCUUCUUUUCCGGAACUUGGUUCAGACACUUUAGAUCCUCAAAUUUUUUCUAAAAGGGCUGUUCUGACACCUAUUAAUGAGGAUGUCGAUAAUAUAAACUCUUUCAUGAUUGAAAGAUUCCCGGGGGAAGCCAUAACUUAUACAAGCUAUGACAGUAUUCUAGAUGAUAGUGGCAGCGUAUAUCCUACAGAAUUUCUAAAUAAGCUAUGUCCGGGAGGAAUGAGUCCUCACAAUCUUGUGCUAAAAAAAAACUGCCCAUCAAUAUUGCUCAGAAACCUUUUGCCCUAUUCGGGUCUAUGUAAUGGAACACGCCUUAUAUGUAAAAGGUUUUUGCCCAAUUUAAUUGAGUGCGUGAUUUCUGUCGGGCAGUAUCAAGGGGAACAUGUUUUUAUACCCAGAAUCAAGCUCAGGCCAUCAAGUUCUCAGAAAUAUCCUUUCCAAUUUCCGAGGAAUCAAUUUCCCAUCAAACUGAGCUUUGCAAUGACCAUUAACAAGUCACAAGGGCAGACUUUAGAUCAAGUGUUGGUUUAUCUUCCCCGUUCAUGUUUUUCACAUGGUCAAUUGUAUGUGGCUCUUUCACGGGCACGAUCUGCCGAUAAAGUGAAGGUUAUAUCAGUAGCUCCUUCUUUACAGCAUUCAAAGAACUCUGUUAAAAAUGUGGAAAAAGCUCUUCAAGAGAAGGAUGAGCCAACAACUUAUUGA